GACUGACCGCCCGGCAGAUCCUCUCUUCACCAUUCUCCCCGACUCUCUCCCCCCUAUUCUUACACUUUCUUUGAGUGCGAUGUGAGGGGCAGAUCUGACAGAAUGAGGGCGGCAGCACGGGAGCUGCUGCACACGGCAACCAUGCAGACCAUGCGUCGUAGACUGAAGCAUGCCGAGGCGCUUGGGGGAGGCAGAUGUUUCGGCACCACUGUGCUGGGAGCUGUGUCUGAAGACCUGCUGCUCUCGCUGUCGAUGGCCCAUCUGCAGCAGAAACCUACCAACCAAAGGAGCCUCGCAGCUGCCCUCCAAGGUGCGCUGCAUUUUUUUGUGAGAUGGGAAGGUGCGGUGUGUUGGACCAUGUGUGUCAUUCAUAUGGCUGUGUGCAGGCAGCGGCCUUGUGAGUAACCGCUGCGUGUUGGGUGUGGUCGGCUUCCUCGACAGGCGGUGGUUCGUGCCCGACAGCGUGGCCGAGCGGCUGGGCCAGCAGCUCUAUCACGACCAACCGGCCGGCAUCUCCAUCGACGGCUCUGCCAAUCAUCAUGUGAUGACGUCGGGUGUGAUGCACGCGCAGUGCCUCGAGGCAUUGAACGUGCCAGCUGGCCAUCGGUGCCUCGACCUGGGCUCCGGCACCGGCUGGAUGACCGUCGCCAUGGCAAUGCUGGUACGUAUGUGUCCAAUCAAAGAGGGCGUGUGCAGCCGACAGACACAAGUGACGUUGUGGUGCGUGGGUGUUUUGUGGGUGUGUCCGUUCGUCAGGCAGGCGGGCGGCGAAGGGGGGUCAGUGGGCAUCGACAUAGAGCCAUCGCUGGUCGACUUUGCUGCCACCACGGCACUUGCGCGGUGUGCCGAUGCGUGUCAUCAAGAGAGGAGGCUCAACGUGCGGUUUGCCGGUCAGUCAGCGUUGCCCCCUGCCUGCUACAAACGAGAGAGACCACACCGACCUGUGCGUGUAUAUGCAGUGGGUGACAUCCGCGACCCAGCCACAUGGACAUCAUCACACCACCCUCGUGCAUUCGACCGCAUUCACAUCGGUGUUGCGCUGCCCCAACUCCCGGAGCACAUCAUCGAGCUUCUGGCGCCAAACGGUGGGUGGGCACACACGACGCCAUUCAGUGGAUCUUCCGAAAUGCCGUACUGAUCGUUUGCCCUGUCUGUCUGCAGGUCGCACGGUGGUUCCAAUUGGGGAGCUUUCGAGUGAACAGUCGCUGAUGCUCGUGACAAAGGGGGACGACGGACAGACGGUCGGUGUGCACACCACACAGCAAUCAAUACACGUAGACACACAGACACACGAUGAUGGUAUACGCAGGUCACGCAUCAAGAGCUGCAGAAAGUGGUGUUCUCUCAUGUCGACGCGCCCCCUGCCGCCGAGCCACCGGCGUCCAAAACGUCUCCUUCUGCGGACGAGCUGCGUGAGCGACGGCGUGUGCUAGAGGAGAGGGUGGCUGAGUUGUGGCGGCGGGGGAGGGAAGGCAGGGCCAGCCUGAGUGACGCCCUCAAGGGCAGCAAUGGCGCUGAGCUGUCGCGUGUGUUGGACGAGCUCAGACGAGUCAAGAGACUGUGCGAAGGGAAGCUGUGACAUGAUGAAGUAAGGUACUCUCGGUGUUUGAAA